AUGCAUUCGUUGUUCUCCGUCGAGACGGUAUGGCAGGACGAAGUUCCUCCAAAGGGAGAUCAACUGAAUGGAUUGAAAUGGCAAGUGCCUUGCCUGGCUCCUGCGUAUUGUUACAGCGUCCUAAGAGCGGAAGAGGAUAUCAAAGUGGAAGAGGAUAUCAAAGUGGUAGAGGAUAUCAAAGUGGCAGAGGAUAUCAAAGUGGAAGAGGAUAUCAAAGUGGUAGAGGAUAUCAAAGUGGAAGAGGAUACCGAAGGACGGGUUGAAUCCCCUCAUGACAAAAAUUCUUCCUGUUUACCCAUUGACUUGGAGGGUCCACUUCCACCAAUAUGUCAAGAUCUUCCAGAAGGUCACUUGAGGAGGGGAAAAAAAGUACUCAAGAGAGAAGGGAGAAAGAAGGAUUGGAUCAAGAAGAGGGAACGUUCUUCCAUGGACAGGGAGGACAAGGCAUUGGGAAUCCAGGAACAGCAGAUGAGAUCCCGGGUUGGAACUGCCAAAAAGGAGCGACCGCAUGAUUGCGAAGUCUUGAAGGAGCUGGCUCGUAUGAGAAACUUGGAAAAGUUAGACGAAGACCCCCGACAGAAAAGUACGGUCUGCCUCGAUGGAAAAAAGGAUUUACCAUUCGUUGAAGCGGCCACGAUAUAUCAAGAAAAGUAUUAUCCGGACGUAGAGAAGUCCUACGCCUUUCCAGCGGGUUACGUGCUCCGCGUAGGAAAGAAAUCUCUCCAAGAGAUUUCCGACAGGAAAAAUGCCCAGGAAAUACACAUUCGACCGGCCAGUGCAGUCGCCAGAGUGUUCGAUUGGAUGAAGGAACUGCUUGCCGACUUCCCGAGUCUCGUUCUUUAUGAUUACGAUUUCGUUGAAACCUUCGGCAGGACGAAGGAGAACUGCGCCGAAGUGAUGACGGAAAAGGGCGAUCACGAUGUCCUUGCCAUUGCCCUGGAUGGCUCCCGAGUUCUUGCCCUGUUCUUCGAGAUCAAAAGCAGGACGCAAACGAGCAAGAAGCCGCCAUUUUUGGUUCACAUCGGAAAGGCCGAGCAACAGCUGGAAAAGAGCGAACGAGUCUUCCGCCAAUGGGUAGGAGCAACGGCUUUCACCCAUACCAUCCUCUGCAGCUUCGUCGCCUUUCCGUGUCUAUCGAGGACGGACGUGAAGAAGUCCUUGCAUUGUUGCCACGAGAAUAUCCUCACCGGUGACGACCUCGAGUCCCGAAGCGCCUUCAGGAGGUUCUUCGCGAGUCACGGCAUGAGGUUCACGAAGCAGACCCGCGAAGACCCAGCCGCCAGACGAUGCUACUUGGACGCGAUGAGGACUUACGUCGCAGCCUCCGCAUCCGUCCGAGGUCUGCCGAGGACGAGAGCGGAACUCGACGAGAGCAUCGACGAGAGGCUGGGUGAGGCCUUCGUUCUCCUCACUCCGCAGCAGCAGGAAAUCCUUGGAACGGAUCGGUCGGUCCUUUUCCUGGCCGGCAGUCAGGGCACGGGGAAAACCUAUGUGAUCCUCGAGAGAGCCAAACGGCUGGCUCGGCGCGGCGAAGCGGUCAGGAUAAUCAACAUGUCCGACGGGAAGCUCACCGAUCACAUCCGGCAGUGGCGGGAAACCCUCGGACCCGAGGCCGAUGUAAAAGUCAUGGGUUCGACGGAAUUCCUCGCCGGCUGCGAUCGCAGAACCGUCGAAUCUCUUGCCAAGUGCAUCUCCACCCGAGAAGCCGUUCACGUCCUGGUGGACGAAAUGCCGCUCAACUUCGGCACGGCAGACUCCGACCCGGAAAAGAUCGGACGAAAGUGGAGAGCCCUGGCGGACAAGAAGAUCCGCGGAAGCCUGUGGAUCGCGUGGCGCCCCAGCGACGAUUCCUACAAGGAGGCUCUCGAGCUGCAGCGGGUGAUGGAGGCCGUGGGGAUGGGGAAGGUGGAACUCCUCACGGAGAUGAAGAGGAACACCAAAGAACUGGGAGAGUUCGUGGUCCAGGUCACCCGGUUCGUCGAGAAGAGAUUCCCGAGCUCCGGCUACCUGCCGGUGAAGGGUUUCGAAUACGGACUUGGGAGCAGGGAGGAAAACGGCUUACCCCAAGUCGUUUACCCGCAUUCUCCGGAACGGAUCGCUUCACCGAUCUGUGCUUUACUGAUGGCGUGUGAGGUCGCAAUGGAUAUCCGGAGAUCCGCACCGGAUUCGCCUCCGUUAACCAUCAUGACCAAAGACAUAAAGGAUAGGAAUGUCCUGGUCCGUGGACUCGGUCAUCGCAAAGCAAGCGUCGCCUUCCUGGACCUGCAAGGCAAACUUCGAGGCUCUGUCAAGCCAGAGAUCCUCGUCUUUUAUGAAGGUCAAUCGAUCGGCAUGUCCUUCAAGCAUCUCCUCCUCCUCGACGACGCAUGGCAUCCAUAUGGCUCUUGGUCCCGGGUCGUGAGCAUGGCCCAAGCAUCUCUCCACGUCGUCACGGUGAUCUCGGCGGACUCGUUGCCCUAUAGUCGCUGGGAAGAACCCGAACGUAAAGGUCUCGUCGCUUGCAAACCCAAGCCAUACCAGAGGCGCGGAUGGCCCUCCUUCGAUCGUGCCUUUGAAUCUCUGGACGAGUCUUCGUCUCCGGAAAUUUCAUGGACCGACGGAAUCCACCUGCCAGAAUUUUUCCCCUCGAGAAAAGUUGAAUCCGAGCAGAAGAUCGAGCUCGUCCUCGGACCGAAUCGUUCGGGAAAGACGACGUUUCUCGCGGAGAGACUCAUGCGAAGAGCCGAGCAAGAAAGAGAAGAGAUGCGGAGAGCCUCGGAGAGUCUGCAUCGAGGGACUUCGACGAACGGAAGACAGAAAGCACGGAUGAUAUUCGUGGACGGCAAUAGGUGCUGCCUGGACUCCUGCAAGAGCCUCUCCACGGCCUGCAUCAAAGAGAGGUUGAAGAGGACAGAACCGAAGGACUCGGUCGAGGUGGUCGACAUCUGCGACCUCCUUCAGCAAGGAUGGCCUUCCCUGUCCCCCACCUCGAUCCAAAAUCUCCUCCAGCAGAUGCUGGCGGAUUGCAGCGCGGAAGGACGGAUGCUCCACGUCGCCUUCGAUAACGUCAACGUCCAUUCCACCAGCAUCCCCAUGGACACCGGGGGUUUGAGGAGGGAAUGGGAGUCCAUUCUUGAGGUUCUCUUGUCUCGAUUCCGAGACUCUCUGGGAUCUCUGGCCAUCGCAUACCAGCCUUACGUCUCCUAUCGAAUGACCGCCUGCGACGCGAAGGAGUUCGUGAAUAAAUUCCGACGCUUUCCUGAGACAAGGGUGAGGAUCUUGGGAGGGGAAUGCUGGGACGUGGGCUUUCCCCGUCUCUUCCGUCACGUUCUCGACCACGAAUCGCCUCGGGAGCUCAGCGUGAAGCAAGGGACUCUGAGGACGAAGCCGCGGCCCUCCUCUUUCGUCUUCGGGGAGAAGCCCGUCUUCGUCACUUCUCCUCCCGGGGAUCAUUGUCACGGGGGGUUCAAGUGUAUCGACGGUCAGGGCCGCGGAUGCGUCGCCGUCACGGCUGCUGCUGCUCGACUCGAUUCCCUUUCGUCUUCGGAGAAAAUCGUCGUACUCAUCUCGAGUGCAGAGAUCCAGGAGAUCUUCAGAGAUGUACUGGAGAGGGCGGCGAGUUUGAGAAAAAUAGACGAGGCGAUGACGAUUUGCCACCCAAAGGAUUACCGCGGAUGCGAGAAUCACACCGUGAUGUGCGUGGGCGUCGAGGACUCGUGGAUGGUGGAGGGGAUCUCCCGGGCCAUCCGGACCCUCCUCAUCGUCGACGGAGGGAAUCACCAGGUGGCACAGAGCCGGAUGGAACUCUGGCUGGAGAUGGAGCGGAGAGGCUUCCUGAUCCACCGAUCUCAAUCAUCCACUCCUGCCCUCGACUUCCUCACCGACGGGGAUUGGAGGGCGUUGAACAGGAAAGGCCACUUCCUCAAGAUCCCCAUCGGCCCUGUAAUGGAGGACGCGAGAAGAGAACCCUUCGGCGACGAAGGAAUAGAGAGGAUUUUCGCAAUCGGGAUCGGCACAGAUAGACGGCAGGGGUUGUGGGAAGUUCAUUCCUCCCCGACUUUCUGGAUCGAUGACCCUUACGUCAGCGACGACGUUCUCCUCGCCCACUCGAACAGAGUCAUUCGAUGCAGAGGAAGGAAAGUGGAAAUCCUGCAUCUGGAGGGGAAGGACCCUCGCGAAGCGCCUUACGGAUGGGACGAAAAGUUCCACAUCCCCAGCCCGUUCCUGGUGCAGGACUCAACGGGGGCGAUCGCGAACGGGUCUCUCUUCAUUCUGGGAGGCGAGAGGAAUCCCCGAGAUGCACGCCGGCUGGACCUCGGGGCUGGGACGUGGACGACCCUCCCCCCGAUGGGAGGAAUGAGAAAUGGGGCUGCCUCGGUGGCGUGGGACUCUCACACCGUUCUGGUGUUGGGUGGGGAGACCGUCACCCCAGAAGGGGAGGCUUUCCCCUUCAACCUUUGCGAGUUUCUCGAUACGAGGACGGGGCAAUGGUCACUUUUCCCGUUUCUCAUGCCGGUUUCUCUCCGCACGCAUGCAGCCACUCUUCAUCAUGGUUCUGUAUUCAUCUCGGGAGGCAUUGAUACGUGGAAAUCGUUAUCUAGUGGGAGACCGCGAGAAAGCAGGAGAGUAUGGAAGUGCAAGGCUGGUGGUCCCUGGGAGCGUCUCCCUUCCCUCAACAAAAGAAGACAUCAACAUGGAAUGAUCGGACACGGCAUGGGGGAACUCUCAGUCUUCGGAGGCAUUCACGUAUCGAGUCCAGAGCGAGCCACUGUCCUUCAGAGAGAGACUCUCCGAGAAGACGGAAAGGAAUGGACGAUGAAGGGAAAACUUCCCUUCACCGAGAUCUGGAAGGCGACGGAGAUGAAGUGA